GAUAUUAGUCGGCACCACCGCUCUCCAAAAAAAGAAAAAAAAACUCUCCACAGCCAAAAAAAAGAAAAAAGAAAUAUCUCACCGAUUCAGACCAAAAAACGUAUGACAGAUACCCGAGUCAUCUCGACCUGGACCGAGUUCACUCGCAACUCAGCCGUUUACUUGCUCUUCACGUUUCUCGCCAUCAAAGUCUACAAAUUUCUCUUCUGCUGUAAUCGAACCUCCGAAAUGUCAUCGUUUUCGAUGGCGACCCAUCCGGAAGCUCUCCGGCGGGAGCGAAUUCUCAACAGCAAACUCUACUUCGACGUCCCUCUUUCAAAGGUUUCGAUCAUCUAUUCAUCGGCAUAUAACAUCUCCUUCUUGGGUAUUGAGAAAUUGCACCCAUUUGAUUCGACCAAGUGGGGUAGAGUUUGCAAGUUCCUUGUUUCAGAUGGGUUUUUGGAGGAGAAAUCAAUCGUUGACCCUCUUGAAGCUUCAGUGACUGAUCUUUUAGUGGUUCAUUCGGAGAACUACCUAAACAGUUUGAAAAGCAGUGCUACUGUAGCUAGGAUAGCCGAGGUUCCACCCGUUGCCUUUUUUCCUAAUUUUCUUGUGCAGCAGAAAGUUCUUUACCCAUUCCGUAAGCAGGUAGAAGAAUCAUAUGUUGCUCUAUGUCUUUGA